AUGGCUUCGUUAGAUGGACGAGGCAAGGAAUCAGCAUCUUGUUCCACGGCAACGGUUUCAUUUAAUACGCGUUGCUCUCCUGGCCAGUUCAAGGAAGUUGUGGAAUACAUAUCCAAACAUAAAAGUUAUGUACUAAGAGGGAAGAAAUUAAGUGUUGAUGGAAAGGAUGUGCACACUAUCUUAGGUGUGCCUUAUGGUGGGAAAGCUAUUUUUUUAGAUGAUAACAGCGAAGCAUGUCAAGCAUUAAAGAAGAAUUAUCUUGGCAAACCCUUCACUGAGUUGAAGAGUCUGGUAAUAUCCGGCAAGGCUGAAAAAAAUUUUGAAACGGUGUUUUUGUUAUUCACUUUAGGAACAUUUCUUUGUCCCACAACAAGUACAACUGUUAGUAUGAGGAGUAUUAAAAGUUUGAGUGGGAAGAAAAAUGUUCAAGAAUAUGAUUGGUCAUCUUUUGUGUUGUCGGAGCUUAUUAGAGAAAUUUCGACUUAUAAGACAGCAUUAAGGAGUGGACGAAAGAAGAAGAAUAUAUUUUACAUGCACCACUUUCCAUUAGGCCCAACACCGUCAAUAGAUGGUGGAACGCCUGUGAUGCAUUUGUGGAACCAACACAUGGUGCAGAAAUGGGUUAAGCUGGAAAAAGAAAGCAUCCAUGGUAUUCUUUACGGUGGUCAAGCUAAUGAAGUGUCUGAAGUUUUACCUCCACUUGCAAUGAUAACUCACCCGGGUGUGAGGGAGAUAUAUGAAGACUUUUUGCAAUAUGCUAAUACAUUUGCAAGUAAAGUGCUGAAGUUGCAACAAAGUCUUAACCAGCUUCAAAUAUCUGAUAGUAAAGCUAUCAUGCGGGUUGGCGAACCAAGUGAAGAAGAAGUAGAGGAAGGGGACUAUGGAGAUAAAAAUGAAGCUGAAGAAGAUGAUGAAGAUGGAGACAAGGGCGAAGACGAAGCUAAAGAUGCACAUGAAGCUGGGGAUGAAGAUGGGGAUGAGGAUGAGGAUGACGAUGGACAUAAACUGCAGCUGGAGUUGGAUCUAAAGAAGAUGAAGAUGAAGGCUCCAAUAGUAAGGAAGAAAGUGAUGAAAGACAAGAUGGUCAUGAGCAUGGUCGCAAAAGUGAUGGUUAGUGAGCAACUUCGUGAAGGGAAGGUACGGAGGUACAUAUUUGAUUCAGAAUUUAUGGCCACCCUAAGGGAUAAAAAGUUAAGAUGGUCUGUCUUUGAGGAUGCAAAGAUGCUCAUGCCAGAUCAACUUGGAUAUAACCUUAGAAAUUGUGAUUACCUCUUCUUGCCCAUGCUUGUGUUCAAUCACUGGUUUUGUUAUUGUGCUGAUUUGAAAAAUGACAAAUUUUUCAUCCUUGAUUCAUUGGCUGGGAAGUUAUUUAAAGAGAAGAAGAUGAUGGCCGGAUUUAUGAGAACUAGCAUAAUUGAGUUGUUACAAGCAUGUGACCUGGAGAAAUAUGGAGAGGAUUUUCAGAUGGAGAUGAUAUUUGAAGAACUUCCCAAACAGAGAACAACUGAGACAUUUAGGGUGGAUGUGGUGUGGUGGCUGGUAAAUCACAUGAGAAAUGAAGUAAGAAACGAAGUAUUUGCCUCUGUCUCAGCAGCUAAUCGACCAAAGAGGGCAGGAAAGGAGUAUAGAUGA